GCGGGGGGGAGUUACGGACUGCUCUCCCUCAACCUCCGUCGACAUUUUGGCCACUGCCCCAGCUCGGCAGGGGAGGGGGGGGGCGCAUCGUGUAUCAAGCGGGAAGGCGGGGGGGAGGGGGCAGCAAGUGGGAGGUGUCGCCAUCGUCUGGUAACUACGUUCAUCGCCUCAACGCAGGCCCAGAUCGUAUCCUCACCGUCGAUCUGGAUGAUGAUGCAUUGGAGCUUGAAGGCCGCCACGACGACAACAACGAUGGCGAUUCAAACGACGAAAUCGGGGACCUACUGGCGAGGCAAAACGGGAGAACUCGUCCCCUCAUGGACUGCUGCAUCUGAGGUUAGUUAUAUGAGGCAAGGUUCCGGCAAGAAGAAAGGAGGCGUCCGCGCGAUGAUUGGGGCCGCCGUACGGGGAGCUCGAAUCGAAGUCAGCAAGGCGGGAACACCAUCAGAGCGACUGAAGAUAGCAGCGGUGCUGGGCAUGAUCAUCGUCAAGGAAAUCAUCGGAAUGAUCCUGCUCAUUCCUUACGGAUUACACGCUCUCGGGAUUCACAGAGCGCUGGCGACUCCCGUCAGAACGGCGGAGGAAGGGGGGGAAGGGGAGAGGGAAGGGGAGCGGGAAGGGGAGCGGGAAGGGGAUGGCAGCAAAACGUCAGAGAAAAGAGAGCGAAGUGCGGUAGGAGGACAGAGGAGGCAGAAAGAAGAGGGAACACAUCUGAACGUCGACCAACAGAUGGCAGAGAGCUUGGUAUCCAAUAGCAAUGCAAGGCAACACGUAUCGUCGACAACAAUCCGGCGUAGAGCAAGUUUUCCGCAAUCGCUUCAAGAGCAGAAUGAAGGACUGCAGCUGCAAGGCGGGAACGGUGCCUCGUGUAUGUCCUCCAUGACCUCUGACGUGCGGCGGAGGAGAAGCGGGGAGCUGCGUGGGAGCGUGAGAGGAAGAGGAGGUCGGGAACUGUCAGCCGCAGGACACGUGGGAACCCGAUUGCUCACAUGGCUGGCUCCUAAAGAACGAUCCGUAUCGCUUGUGCGCGAUGUUCGCUAUGGCGUUCGUGAGAGGAACUUGAUGACUAAAAACAGUAGCCAGGCCGUGAAGAAACACUUCAGGGAAGUGGGAAUCAGUGGGCAAGCCUACAAGGGGAACAAAAAACGUGUAUGCAAUUACAACGACAAGCCCAUGGCUGGGACGGGCAACAGGGCAAGGGAACAUUUCCUCAAGGGGUUGAGAUGCAACGUUGAGCGCCUCAGAGGCUUCAGGGACGCGAAGUUCGAAAAUACAAGGACGAAGAGGGUCGAAGUGACAAGGGGCAGGGUCGGGAAGAGGGUGGAGGAGUUGCAACAGGAGUGGCCAACCACUGGCUGCAUGUUGCAGCUUGAUGGUUGGACAGAUCGCCGACAGAGACCACACAUCAACGUGAUGGUCUCCUUCCCUAAAGGCUCCAUCUUUUGGAGAAGUGUGUGUAUGUCACAGCGCAACAAGGACGCCUCAGCAUACUACGCCAUUCUGAAGAGGGCAAUAGAGGAGAUAGGUGCGGAGGCAGUGGUGGGGGCCAUUAUGGACAAUGCUGCUGUUUGCGCAACCGCGGGGCGAAUGAUUGAAGCAGAUUACCUUCACAUCUUCUCUGUCCCGUGCAUAGCACACUCCCUCGACUUGAUGUUCGAGUCUGUCACGAAGAUCGGGUGGGUCGGUGCAAUUAUGAAAAUGGCAUCGGAGCUUGCAAAGUUCUUCACGAACCAUUCGCGGGUGCGGGACCUCCUGAUCCACUACUCCAAUGGAGGUGUAGUGUCAAGACCGGGUGCGACCCGGUUUGCCACAAACUUCAUCAUGCUGUCAAGCCUGCACGGGUUGUAUUUGCCGCGGCGUGCGUGUAUGACAGAUGGCGACUGGAAGCCAGUGAUCGUGCACACUUCGCUGCGCGAUCUGUUUGUGAAGGCGACGCAUUCCAUUUUGGACGACACCUUCUGGGCAGAUGACGAGAAGGUGAUGCAGACGUCCAAGAACCUGCUCAAACUUUUGAAGAAGGUCGAUGGCAUGGGCCCCACCAUUAGCAAGGUGUAUGCCCGUAUGGAAAGCGCAGUGGAGAAACUAAGGGAAAGCAAGCACUUUGUCGAAGCGGAGAAGGACGAACUCGAGGAGAUCAUCAUGCGGCGCUGGAAUGCAAUGACAUCACCGCUAGAUUGUGUUGCGUUGUUCUUGGAUCCGGAAUACAGAGCGUCGCGGCCAGAAACGGAUGCAGAGGUUGCAGAUGGGUUUUGGACGUGGCUUUACUUGUGGGGGCCGCCGAAGCGACACAAGCGAGUAUCUCAGAAAGUUAAACCAGCGGCGGUGGGCCGCGAGCGAUCUCCACUGGAAGGGGUAUCGGAAGAAGAGAUCGCUAGCGAGAUCAAAGAAAGAAAGAGAAAGGAGCCACAACGCCUGACGCAAGAUAGGAUAGCAGGGAUGGACAUCGGAGAUGAAAAUCUGACCCCGCAAGAACGAAAACGAGUGAUAGAGAUUCUAAAAACAUGUGAUAAGGCAAUAGCUUUCAGCGACGCGGAGCGCGGUAGAGUUGACCCUCGAUACGUGAAGCCAGCAAGGAUUUACACCGUACCACAUGUUCCCUGGAAUGACGCGGGAUGGAAGUAUGCCCAGAAGGAGAAAGAGGAAGUUAUUGCUUUCCUGAAAGAAAAGAUGGUUUCCCAUGUCGCGGAACCGUCUGAUAGCGCGUAUGCUAAUCGAUGGUUCUUCUUACGGAAGCCGAAUGGCAAGAUCCGAUGGAUCCAGGACCUUCAGAAGGUCAACGCGGUGACAAUACGAGAUGUGGGCUCGGUACCACACGCCGAUUUGUUAGCAGAAGGCGCUGCAGAGGAAGGGUCUCCUGGUGGGCCAGUUGACACACUCGAAAGAGAAGCAAGACCCCCAAGUCCGUCGUCAAACUUAGAGCAUCAUCCGAUUGUCGCAGCUGUCGGCGCAGAUGCGGGCGUCCCCGUCACAAACAGUGGCGCGGACGCGACAGAACAGCUUGUGGUUGGAACAUCGGCGACAGCACGGCGCGACAGAGCCACUGUUUUGCCGACAGUGGCAUUCUAUGCCAGCGGGAAGAGUACUGGGGGGAUGGAUGAGCAGGGAGUCCGGAAUGUUGGCAGGCCAUCUGCACCGUCUAUGGGGAAACGAUCCAUUGGGAGUGUGGAUGGUGGUCGGCACACCGCCAUGGCCGAGUUUGAGGACCGACACGGGAGUGCUUUGCCGACGAAGACGUCUGAUGUCCAUGCUACGAGAGCCGCAAAGGCGAGUCUUUCUCGGGCAAGGAAGAAGGCCUCGGCAAGGAAGGCGUCACGUUCAUCCUCACAUAUGCGUUCCCGAGAGAGAGGAUCGGGCGUUGUGCAUCUCGAGGACGGAGAGAUUGCACCUGACGGCGACGCAUUGGAUAUUGGAGGGAGGGAUGCAAUGACGGCGGAUAUCGUCGGCAGGGAGGGCACAGGGAAUGCAGUGGCAGGUCAGAAGAGACGCGGCAGUGUACUUAUCGUCCACGACGACAACACAAAUGUCGCCCCGGGAGAGACCACAGGCACUGAUGAUGCAGGGGACUCCGAUUACGUACCCAAACCACGGGCGGAAGAUGGAGAUGAUGGAGGAGGGCGACGAGUGAGACCGAGGACACGACUCGGGCCGCAAGGGCAGCGAGCACAGGGCACACCAUCGGCGAUGAUUCCUGGCCCCAUAGAUCGGCGAGCUCAGGCGCAGCGGUUGCUGCGCAAAAUGGAGGCCACUCUUCAACAGACGCACGGGUUGGACAUCUACGUCCCCAAUGAAUCGGCAAACGGCGACCUGCUGCCAACUGUUGUCUUUGUGCAUGGAGGAGUGUGGGCAAGUGGUGAAAAAUGGCAGUAUUCACCCAUAGGAGUCCGCUUGGCAAAAGAAGGCACUGUGGCAGUGCUUGUUCAGUAUACACUCUUUCCAGAGGUACUUGCAGAUGACAUGAUAAAAGAGGUCUCGCUGGCUCUUACUUGGGUGAUGGACAAUAUAUGCCUCUACAAUGGAAACCCAGAGCGAAUCUUUUUCAUGGGUCACUCCUCAGACCGUGAACUGUCCCACGAAAGCCAAGGGCCCCGCUCAGUCGGGAAAGUGAGCACCGCCGAGAGUGAUGCGACGACACUCUCGACGCCUUCGGAACUGGUUGUAACCUCCCUCGGUUCCAGGACACAUGCGAAAGUCGUAAGUCCUCCCAUUCUUCAUUAUUUCAAGGACUAUGCUGCCCGGCUCGUACCUUCGCUGAAUUCACGAGCCCAAGGACAGGAUGUAUGUGCGGUUUCUUCUCCGUUUGGAAGCAGCGGCAUUGAGUCGUCUUCAAGUGGACCUUCACGGGAUUCGGCGCGUGUGUUCAACAUAGAAGACUUGGACCUGUUGACGCCCGAGGAUUUUGCAUGGCUCCCUCUCCCUUCCACCGGCUGCUUACCGGAGCCGCAAUGCGCAACUCUUAGCGCUCAUCUACAUACAUACCUAGCCUUCUAUGCACCACCAACUUCGCCGACGGAGGACGAAGUCGCGGUGGGGGACAUUCUUGCAUAUGUUAGCAAGGUGGCCCGCGAGUUUCGCACGCAGCGGUACGACGACAACAAUGCACCCCUCCUUUAUGUCCGCAUCCAAGUUGGGCAAGUGUCCUGCAGCGCUUUGCUGGAUAGCGGCGCAACUCGCAACUUCAUAAGCCACUCCUUUAUGCAAAGGGUCGGCCUUGGCCCACAAGUUCGAAGGAAGGCACACCCUAUGGCGAUCAAGUUGGUGGACGGUAGGACGCAACAACUCCUUGACCGCUACAUCGAGGCCGUACCGGUCUAUUUCGCACCUCAUGCAUGCGAACCGGUGAUGUUUGACGUCUUGGACACGGACUUCGACAUCGUUUUGGGCAUGCCUUGGCUUGCAAGUGCGGAUCACACGGUCAACUUCCAUCGGCGGACACUUACGGUCCGCGACGCGUUUGGCGCCGAAGUACCAUGUACCAUCCCUCUUCCGCACCCUUCGAUCCGGUGCCAAGUUGUAACGACCAAAUUUUUUCGGGUCACUUGCUCUUAUGAGCGGGCCGACGAGAUAGGCCUAUGUUUUCUUCGAACCGUCGCGGCAGCCGAAUCUCAACCCACGGACUUGUCUUCGAACCCCUGGGUGGUACGGUUGCUUGACGAAUUCGCUGACAUCUUCGAGUCACCUACCGGCAUGGUGCCGGAUCGGUCGAUCUCCCACGAGGUCAUUCUCGAGGCUGGUGUCGUGCCGCCGAAAGGUUGCAUCUAUCGCAUGAGCAAGGAGGAACUUACAGUACUCCGCGCGCAGCUCGAUGAUUUGUUGGACAAAGGCUGGAUCCGGCCUAGUAGCUCACCCUAUGGUGUACCGGUUCUCUUCGUGCGGAAGAAGAACGAGGAUCUUCGCCUAUGCAUCGAUUACCGCAAGCUCGAUGCACAAACCGUCAAGAACGUGGGACCUCUUCCUCAUAUUGACGACCUUCUGGAGCGUUUGGGCGGCGCAAAUUUUUUUCCCAAGUUGGAUUUGAAGUCGGGGUAUCAUCAGAUUUGGAUACGCCCGCAAGAUCGCUACAAGACUGCGUUUAAGACACGGUACGGGCAUUUUGAGUGGGUCGUCAUGCCUUUCGGACUCACCAACGCCCCAACAACUUUUCAAGUGGCGAUGACCAAUGAGUUCCGUGCAAUGCUAGACCGGUUCGUGCUGGUCUACUUGGACGACAUCCUCGUCUAUAGCCGGACCUUGGAGGAACAUCUCGAGCAUCUUGGACGAGUGUUGGAGAUGCUCCGUCGCGCCAAGUACAAAGCCAACCACGACAAGUGUGAAUUCGUACGUCAAGAGUUGGAAUACUUGGGCCAUUUCGUCACUCCACAAGGCAUCAGUCCGUUGUCGGACAAGAUUCAAGCCAUCCAAGAUUGGCCGGAGCCGCGGAACAUCACGGAUGUCCGUUCGUUCCUUGGCCUUGCCAGCUACUACCAACGUUUCAUCAAAGGGUACUCGAAGAUCGCGACUCACUUAUACAAGCUUCAGUGCGAGGACCGGCCAUUUGACUUUGGGACGGAUGCGCGGGAAUCAUUUUUGGCCCUCAAGGCCGCAUUGCUGUCUGCGGAAGUCUUGCGCAUAUACGACCCGCUAUUGCCAACGCGCGUCACCACAGAUGCGCCCGGCUAUGGCAUCGAUGCUGUCCUCGAACAACAUGAUGGCGUGGACUGGCACCCGGUCAAAUACUUCAGCAAGAAAGUGUCGGUCGUGCACUCAAUCGAUGAUGCACGCAAGAAGGAACUUCUCGCCUUCGUCCACGCACUCAAGCGGGAAGCGAUUGCCAUGGACAUUACCGGGCCGUUCCCCAAGCACAAGACGGGUGUGGAUGGGAUUCUCACGGUAGUUGACCGACUCACCAAGUUUUCCAUGUUUUUGCCUUGCCGCUAUCACGCCAAGGCACCGGAGUUGGCCGAGGUUCUCUACGCCGGUUGGAUUCGAACCAAGGGUUACCCCAAGGAGAUCGUCUGYGACYGCGACACUYGGUUCAUGUCYGAUUUUUGGUUGGCGCUCAUCAAACGAUGGGGCUCAUCCCUCAAGCCGAGUUCGGCUCGCCACCCCCAAACUGAUGGCCAAACGGAGAGGGCACAUCAGACCGCACAGGUCCUUAUUCGCACUCUCAUCUGUCCCGACCAAAAGGAUUGGGUCGAGCGGAUGCCGAAUAUCGAGUUGGCAUACAACUCGUCCAUCCAUCCGGCUAUCGAGAUGUCACCCUUUGAGUUCGAGCAUGGCUUGCCGGUCAAUUCUCCGUUGGACACAAUCAUCCCACAGGCAGUCGAGAGCGACAACCAUCUUCUCUUCAUUCGUCGGAUGCAAGAGCCUCUUGUCAAGGCAUGCGACCAGAUGUCAAAGACGCAGCAACGUAUGCGCCAACAGGCCAACCGCCAGCGUCUUCCCUGCCCGUUCCGAGUCGGCGAGCUCGAAGAAGGCGUGAAGGAGCCCGGCUAUGGAGGAUGGGUGAAGGAAGUGGAGGAGAGAGAAGGUGUGAAGGUGGUUGGCUAUGGUGGAUGGGUGAAGGGGGUGGAGGAGGAAGAAGGUGCGAGGGUAGUUGGCUAUGGUGGAUGGAUGGAGGUGGAGGAGGAAGAGAAUGUGAAGCCGGUUGGUUAUGGUGGAUGGGUGAAGGAGGUGGAGGAGGAAGGUGUGAGAGUAGUUGGCUAUGGUGGAUGGUUGAAGGAGGUGGAGGAGGAAGAAGGAGUGAGGGUGGUUGGCUACGGUGGAUGGGUGAGGGAGGUGGAGGAUGAAGAAGGAGGUGGAGGAGGAAGAAGGAGUGAGGGUGGUUGGCUACGGUGGAUGGGUGGAUGGGUGGAGGAGGUGGAGGAGGAAGAAGGAGUGAGGGUAGUUGGCUAUGGUGGAUGGUUGAAGGAGGUGGAGGAGGAAGGUGCGAGGGUGGUCGGCUAUGGUGGAUGGGUGAAGGAGGUGGAGGAGGUGGAGGAGGAAGAAGGUGCGAAGGUGGUUGGCUAUGGCGGAUGGGUGAAGAAGGUGGAGGAGGUGGAGGAGGAAGAAGGUGCGAAGGUGGUUGACUAUGGUGGAUGGGUGAAGAAGGUGGAGGAUGAAGAAGAUGGGAAGGCGGUCGACUAUGGUGGAUGGGUGAAGGAGGUGGAGGAGGAAGAUGGUGUGAGGGAGGUGGAGGAGGAAGAAGGUGUGAGGGUAGUUGGCUAUGGUGGAUGGGUGAAGGAGGUGGAGGAGGAAGAAGGUGUGAAGGUAGUUGGCUAUGGUCGAUGGUUCAAGGAGGUGGAGGAAGAAGAAGGUCUGAGGGUGCUUGGCUAUGGUGGAUGGGUGAAGGAGGUGGAGGAGGAAGGAGUAAGGGCGGUCGGCUAUGGUGGAUGGGUGAAGGAGGUGGAGGAGGAGAAAGGUGUGAGGGUGGCUGGCUAUGGUGGAUGGGUGAAGGAGGUGGAGAAGGAAGGUCUGAGGGAGGUGGAGGAGGAAGAAGGUGUGAGGGUGGUUGGCUAUGGUGGAUGGGUGGAGGUGGAGGAGGAAGAAGGUGUGAGGGUAGUUGGCUAUGGUGGAUGGUUGAAGGAGGUGGAGGAGGAGGGAGUGAGGGUGGUUGGCUAUGGUGUUUGGGUGGAGGUGGAGGAGGAAGAAGGACAAAAGGUGGUUGGCUAUAGUGGAUGGGUGAAGGAGGUGGACAAGGGAGAAGGUGUGAAGGUUGUUGGCUAUGGUGGAUGGGUGAAGGAGAUGGAGGAGGAAGGAGUGGAGGUGGUUGGCUAUGGUGGAUGGGUGAAGGAGGUCAGCUUUGGUGGAUGGGUGGUGGAGGUGGAGGAAGAAGGAGUGAAGGUGGUCCCUAAGCUUCCGGUCGCGUGUGGGUGCAAGGUCUUCUCCAAGAUCGAUCUCAAGUCUGGCUACCACCAGAUUGAAGUCGAUCCUGCGGACCAGCACAAAGCUGCGUUCAAAACACGUGAUGGGCUUUACAUGUUUACCGUAAUGCCCUUCGGUCUCACGAACGCACCGGCCACCUUCCAAAGCCUCAUGGACAAAGUCCUCCGCGAACAGAUUGGCCGGUUCGUGGUGGUCUACCUCGAUGACGUACUAAUCUUCAGCAAGUCCAUGGAGGAACACCUCAAGCACCUUGAGGAAGUACUGACCAUCCUCAAGAAGAUGCAACUCCAUCUCAACUUAGAGAAAUCUGAGUUUGGGAAGGAUAGUGUCAUCUAUCUUGGGCACCGGUUGUCUGCUGCAGGCCUAGAGCCUGAGACAACCAAGGUGGAGGUCAUACGCAACUGGCCUCAACCCGUGAAUGUUCGCGAACUGCGCUCUUUUCUUGGUCUCGCGUCAUACUAUCGAAAGUUUGUACCCCGCUUCUCCAUUGUUGCGCAUCCAUUGUCUCAACUGACAAGUAAGAAUGUUCCCUAUUCCUGGGAUACCACGUGUACGAACGCCUUUCAAGCUUUGAAAGACGCCUUGGUAAGUUACUCUGUACUUCGCAUUGCAGAUCCCAAACUGACAUUCGUAGUUACUACGGAUGCAAGUCAGUAUGGAAUCGAUGUAGUGCUCCAGCAAGAUGACGGCGAUGGCUUGCGGCCGCUCGAAUUCUACAACAAACGCAUGCCCAACGUAAAGGUAGCCACUUCCACCUCCAUGCGCGAGCUUUAUGCUUUGCGUAUGGCUUUGAGCCAUUGGAAGCACUAUCUUUUGGGAUGCCACUUUAAAGUGUUCUUAGAUCAUGACACCCUGAAGUGGAUCAAGGAGCGAACUACCCUGUCCCCUACGUUAAUUCGCUGGUUCCAUGAAAUUGACAUCUUUGACUUCGAGUUGAGACACAAAAAGGGUUGUUAUAAUCGAGUCGCUGACGCAUUGUCCAGCCACCCUGAGUACAUGACUUGCCUUGUGAAAUCCUACGACCUCCGGAAGAAACUAAAGGAGGAGCUCGUAGAGCAUACAGCCAAGGAUCCGGAACUUAGUCCCAUCCUUGAACGGCUGCAUCUCGGUUGGCAGAUCCGUAAUCCGCUCUUCUACCUAUUCCCUGAGCAGCCAGCUGGCUUAACACCCGGCAAGCCUGGCUUCAGGGCCAAGUAUGAUCGUUUGCUCAAGAUUGCCAUUGCAGACAUGACCAAUCUCCUAGUCUAUUACGGACCGUGGGAAGUUUUGGAUGUGAUUGGCGAAGACCACUUUGGCCCUUCGUACGUAGUUGAUGUGCCAGCCCAUCUGCGCACAUACCCCGUGUUCCAUGCAUCGAAACUGUACCUCCACCGUGAUGCUACGACGUUCGACUAUCGCGAAAACAUGAUCACUCGUGCGAUCAAAGGCGGGCGUGAGAUAAACGGAAUCAAACAGCACGUAGGGAAGGGACGCAACAAACCGUACCAGGUUCACUUCAUGUAUCACCCAUUAGACGAUCUGUAUUGGAUUUCCAAACAGGAACUGCUACAUGUUGUGAAAGAAGCAUGGACGGGACGUGGUGGGACCGUGGACGGGGCAGAGAAGCCGAUCGUGUUGAAGGGCACGGGUGAGGAGGUCGGUGAAGGACAUCGGUGGCUUGUAGUCGACAGCGGAUGCAAUGUCCUUUUGGCAGACCCGCAUGAAGCGGGAGAUGAAGACGUUGUUGCUGAUCUAGUCGUGGGGAAUGUCUUGGCGGAGGGUACAGACAUAUUGGACGAAGCGGUCGGUGGGGCUGUUUUGGCGAAGCCUGCAAAAUUGGUCAACGUAGUCGUCGAUUGUCUUUUGCGAGCGGAAGGUGGCGGAGAGGAGGGAGGCCCACUCGAGCAAGGAGAGGGGAGGCGUGUGUGCACGUCCCGCAUGCUGAUGCGGUCUGGAACAGUGAAGCCUAGCCCUACACCUGCGGAGCAGGCAGAAAUAGACCACAAGCUGGCAGAUAAGAAAAAGGAGAAAGAAGCAAAGAAAAAACAGAAAGAAGAAGAAGCAAGAAAGAAAAUGAAGGAAAAGAUGGAGAGAGAGUUGGAAGAAGAAUUGAAAAGUAUACAAGAAGAAGAAGAAGAACAACAAGAGGAAGUGAAGACUUUAGUAAGACGUCGUCCUAUUGACAUCCCGGAGAGUAGUACAACACAAAAACCUCCCGUUGAGCCCUUGAAUUGGGCUAAUCAAUACUACUACUCCAGCGAAUUACUGAAAGAGUCGGAAGAAGAAUGUGAUGUGUUCCUUGCCAAGCUGGCCAUGGUGACAGAUACCGUUGAGCGAAACCUGAUGAUGGAAGAAAAAAGGGAUGAGUUGCACAGUAAAUUGCUAGCAACUAGAAGACAAGAAAUUGAUGAAAAGAAAAGACUGCAGGCAGAAGGGGAAAGAUUGCAAAAGGCCUUAGAAGCCCAAAAGGAAGACCCCUCUGCAACUGAAGCUCAGCUAGCGUUACUGAGAGAAGCAGUGCUUAACACGAGACAAGAUAUGAACCUAAUGCGCCAGACCCUACAAAGAGUUGAAACGCAUCGGGUUGAAUUCGAAACCGUCUGGAAUAACUUCUUAGAGAAGUCUGCUAAGGAUGUGGACCAUCAUGUUCAGACAUAUAUUCAGGUUUUAGAUGACCACGUCAGUAAGACAUUCACUCUCGAAGUUAUAGAGAAGAUCAUGAAAGGAGCGGGAGGUGGCGGAGACGAUGGUGAUGACGACGGUGAUGGUGACAAGAAAGGAAAGAAGAAGAUUGGGGAUCCACAGGACAAACCUUCUCAGGAAACCGGGCAGGGUAACAAGAUAAAGCUCAAACUGCCAUGGACCUACAAUGGAAAGAAAGAAGAGAGUAUGUUGCACUGGGCGGCGGCAAUUGAAACUUAUGUGUAUGGACAGCGAAUUCCGUACUGGGACAGGGUGUUGAUGGCAACUUCGUGCAUGGGAGGCGACGCCAUAAGCUUCGCCAUCUCGCUGCAAAAGGAGGCGGGAUGCAGCUCCAUGGUAGAAUAUUUGCAGCAAACGCGAAUCGAAGAUUUCCUUAAGUUAAUAAGAGAAAAAUUUGAGGACAAAAACUUGGCAAGACGUACAAAAAUGUUGAUCCUCAGCCUUCCUGACAGGAAAUGGAAGAGUACCUCUGCGCUAAAGGCAACUAUGGAUGAACUAUUGCAAUGCCCUGAUCACGGGUUGACGCCAGCCCAAAUUCUGAACAGUUUUGCACGAGCACUCCCGGAUCCCCUAAGAACACAACUCUAUCCCCGUACCAAGGAAGAGGGGACGACAUAUGAGAAGUUUGGCAAGAUCGCCAUAGAUCAUGCCGGCUUCCUCGCAAAUUAUUGUCAUUACUGGAAGGAUCUACAAGCGGCACCGAGGCCAAUUGGACGACCAACACUCUCGUUCUCAAAACGAAGUGUGGAUAUCAUAGGUACUACCGCGGCACCACGCCCCGACCCUCCUCCCCCGGAGCUUUCCGUGCCCACACCAUCUCCUACUAUCACCGUCACCUCGCCUCGGCAGUUCGCUCACUUCAUCCGACAGGACGACGUCACCUUCUUUACGGUGAACGUUACGGAUCUCUUGGAUUAUGGUCCACCCUGUCCCGACGUCGAGCUCAUCUCUCUGAAGCCAGAUCCUCCUUCGAUCUCCAUGGCUCCCAUCUCUACUUCCGUCCCUCCGCCGUCCGUGCACUAUGAUCCACCCUGUCCCAACGCCGAGCUCAUCUCUCUAGAGCCAGAUCCUCCUUCUAUCCCCAUGGCUCCCAUCUCUACUUCCGUCCCUCCGCCGUCCGUCGAGUCCACCCCGCCGUCGCUCGCUGACGCUGACGUUGAGGAACUCGCACGCUAUACGGCCGACCUGGAGCCCGCAGUUCGUGACCUCAUUCGAGAGUACCACGACGUUUUCCCAUCGUCGUUCUCGUACGUCGGCAUCCCACCGAUGCGCGACGUCGAGAAUUCCAUCCAACUUAUGCCUGCCUAUCGUGUUCACCACCAGGCACCCUACAAACUCUCGAUCCCCGAGGCCACCGAACUCAAGCGUCAGCUUGAGGAGCUCCUGAGACUGGGUUUCAUUAAACCCAGCAACGCCCUGUGGGGUGCACCCGUCCUCUUUGCGGAUGGAACUCUUCGUCUCUGCAUCGACUAUCUCGGCCUCAACCGCUACACGAUUAAGAACAACUACCCCAUGCCUCGUUCCGAUGAGUUGUUCGACCGCCUAGCAGGCAACCGCUUUUUUACGAAGAUUGAUCUUCUUAACAGUUACCAUCAGAUCCGCGUCGUUGCAGCGGACCAGCCGAAGACAGCGUUCCGAUCGCGCUUCGGCCACUAUGAGUUUACGGUGAUGCCAUCCGCCCUCACCAACGCACCCGCUACCUUCCAGAGGGCGAUGAACGACAUCUUCAGGGACAUCCUGGAGCACUACGUUCUCGUCUACCUCGACGAUAUCCUGGUCUACAGUCGUACCCUUGAGGAGCAUCUCAGACACCUCCACGACGUCCUUGACCGCUUGCGCAGACAUGGCUUCUACGCCAAGCUGAGCAAGUGUCGCUUUGCCCAUCACAAAGUGGAUUUCUUAGGACACUACGUGUCUGACCAGGGUCUCCACAUGGACGACGUGAAGAUCACUGCUAUUGCGGAGUGGCUCAUCCCCACAUCCGCCAAGCAGCUUCGCAGCUUCCUAGGCCUCACUAGCUACUAUAGAGCUCAUGUAUCAGCGAUGGUGCUCUGGCAGCGUGCAAUACACCAGCUGAAGCAUGGGGCCAGGAGCUUGGAGCAAGAGGACGGUAUUGAGAGAACAACCAGAGAUUUGCAAGGGAGCGAUGCCACAGAGGACUCCGAAUUUAGAAUCUGUGAAAGGAUGCCUGCGCGCGGAGAGGUGAACGAAGAGACGUAUGAAAGCCAAGGGGCAAAGGAUCAGAAUGGUCAUGGGAAAGUUGCUGGUGCAUACAGCUCACAAACAGGAGAGCAAAUUGAUAGCCGGCAACCGUACUGCUUCCUGGGCCUCUCGGGUGUAUACGACAUAGGCCGUCACUAUGCCUUUGAGCAAAGGAGAGGAGUUGCAGGGAUCUCCUGCAUGCGGCCAGCCAUUGGUGGAGUGGACAAGUUCGAUGCCUUUUCCCCGAGCCUCCUCUUUGCCUUGAUGGGAUCGAUGCAGAUAUCCAAUGGCAAUGGCUGUACACACUGUACUCCAUGCACUGAACCUGCCAAGGACCAUGUCAAGUCCACAUUGCGCUCAUUAAGGGGUGAAAAAUCUGCAGCACACUCAAAGAAGAACCAGAUGCGCCUGUACUCUUACAUGGAUGAUCUUCCCGGGGCUCGUGCUGCUCGAAAGGAAAACCCUGCACUAGAUGGAAGGCCUAUCAUUUCCACACCCAGGCCGAGCACAGAGAAGGCCGUUAACACCAACCGACACUCAGAUUACCAGAGGUUUGACAGUUCAAGGGCUACCUGUGUUGUGCCACCCUGCCUGCUCCUCUGCAGCCCUGGAGAUAAGACUGUGCCCGUGGACUCGAGUCUCGCACUUGAGAAGGCCCUUCUGCGAAUUGGCUGCCAUGCCAAGGCUAUCCUUUAUGAUGAUUUGGGGCAUACGGAUUUCUCAAUUUGGGGAACAAAAACACAUUGUAAGACAAUUGACGAGCUCGGUCCGCAUGUGAGUGACAUUUUGGAUGUGGUGAGUGAACGGAUUCCUCUGGACUCAAUGUGCUGGGACUGACAUGCUAGCUGCAGCCUUCUGGGUACUAGAUUCACUAUCAUGCGCUCCGUUCACAGACAAUGUCCACUUGAAUCAAGUUGAACGUAGUGUAACCUCCUGCAAUACAGUUUUGCUUGCCACCAUUUACGGUAAUGGAGCAUGGAAGGAGCCGGUUAGACUCGAUAUCUUGGGUCUGAAGUGCAAAGGCCAGUUACCAUGUGUGAAAGCCAAAACACUGGAUCAUACUCUCCGAAGUAAUGGACUUGAAAGUAGUAUAGACUCCAGCGCAAUUCAGUUAUUGGAGAAGUCCAACUUAUCCUGUUCAUGUCUCGCACAUCAGCUGGCGGCACAUUUUGUUGGCCUGCGAUAUGGUUUAGUGCUACUGCUGGGUAACGUCCUGCUUUCUCCGGGACAUAAGGAUGCUGCUACUUUCUAAAGGUCACAAAGCUGCUGCCAUGCACCAUGUUUGAUUCCCUAUUGUGGAGUUCAGGGUUCGUUCAACAGCACCACAUGGUUCGUUUUUCUGCACGCUUUGCUCUCACUGAGUCUGCUGUGAUAGUUAUCAGGGGCGUGCCUUUCGUGCACUUUUAUGUGAUCUGGGAUGGCAAUCAGCGCUAACGAAGGUUGAUGUAUGUGGCUGGUAGAUAGCCAGGAAGUUUGUGCAACCUGGUACGCAAGCCGGCAGGCAUUCCAAGGGUAGGCCGAUAUGGUCCUCUGUGUGAGUUCCUCCUGUGGCCAAGAUUACUGAUUGUGAAGAAUGCCAUUCAACCCCUGCUGUGAUUUGCAGGAACUUGCGUAUAGCGCUUCUCUCAUGGGCUUUAAAAAGUGAUGUUGCACUGUUGACACACAGUGUGGCAAUCUGCCAGCUGUUCAGAAGGAUAUUGCAGAGUGAUUGGUUGGUGUGUUGGGGAAAUCUUCAGUGUAAAGGAGGUCGGCAAAAACGUAUUGGCUGUCCAGGCUGUUGACAUCAGGUAUCUGAUGUGAGCUGGAGGGUUUCCAAGAUAAAUGGACAAUUGAUGGACAUCAUCUUCAUGCGUAUGCAUGUUACCUUGCUGCUGGACUCAAUGGCGAAAUCAUAUGACGACGGUCAGGGGGAGGAGAGGUCUGAAACGAUGGUGAGGAGAACUGAAAACAACGAAAUGACAGUGAUAGGGAGAGGCAGGUGUUUGAUUGCAGGGUUAUCCCUCAUAGUUGGAGAGAAAAAGAAAACAAAAACAUAGCAGUGAUAAGGAGAGGCUAACGGUUGAUGUAUGACAGCUGUGAGUCUAAAUUUCAAAGCUCAUUGUGUGGACUGAUGGAACCAGCGUUGCUGUUCUUGUGUGGGAGCAGCACCUGCGUGUGUGGUCGGCAUUUAGAGAACGUUUUUAGUUUGUGUGCUUGGUUAUCUGAUAGAGACUGAGGAACUAGUUGUUUGAUGAUGUAUGACAGUUGAUUGUGUCAGUUAAAUUUUUAAAGCUUAUUUUGCGAACUAAUGGAAGCAGAGCUUCUGUUCUUGUUUGGAAACAACGUCUGCAUGUGUGGUCAGCAUUUAGAGAAGAUCUGUCUUUAGUUUGUGUGAUUGGUUAUCUGACGGAGCCUAUGCUACUGUGCCACAGGGGAGCUUUCAUUGCACCGACCAUGAUUAGUAUUUAUCCACCCCCGGACCAGAUAACGUUUAUCCGAUGGAGAAGAUUUGGAUCCAUAUCAUCGGCAGAUUGGCCACAGUUGGGUAGAGAUCCUCUGAUUUAGAGAUUAUCUUCAUACAUGAGACCCCGGUGUCCAAUGGUGUUGUUUCAAGUCAGUCGGUAAGAAAAGACGAGCAUAGGAUACAGAACGGUUUUUGCGGUAAUUUAGUAUGUAGAGGUUAAUCAUAACGUUUUCAUUACCUGUCCCAUGUGCUAACCCUGACGAUGGCCGUUUUGGCGAGCCGGCCAAAACACGUGUCGGGUCUUCGCCAUUGUCCUUCAUGUCCAUGGCGCUGUGCACCUAAUUUUGACCUGUUGGCUGUUUUUUACUGAAUUCUAUUUGGUCCGACUCCCGCUCAGGGGUAACUAUGUUCUCCCUUUUGUUCUUUUCUCCCACCUCUCUGCUUUUUUAUUUCCGGUGUGAGUUUUGUCCCUUGCAUGGCUUUAGUCUAUCAUUCUUUUGAAUAUACAGUAAGGAUGAAACCACAUACCUCAGUAUCAGUUCCACAGCACCAUCUGGUAAGUGAGAUGACUGUAAGGGUCUUGUUAUCUGGCAGGCACCAACGUAACAAACUUGAUUAUUAUGGCCAAAAUCAGCAAACUGGACUGAAGGUAGCUUGUAAGGAAUGAUAAACUCCCUUUGACUGG